CUCAAAUAUUGAUCGCUUGAAAGCGGAGCUCUUCGUCUUUGUCCAAAAUAGACUGAAUAAUAAUGAAAAAUAACUAGUCCUGAUUUGUGACUGUGUACUAGGGAGCUAACUUUGAUCUUGGCCAAUCAUUCGCUGCUUAUAGAAUUUCUAACAAUGGGUAUGCAACUUCUGCUUCUUUCAGUUUGGAAGUAAUUCCUUUUAUAAAUCAGCUAGAGCGAAACUCGGAAGGAUGCACUCUAGUAUUGCUUUUAAUGUUUACUAAAUCGCGAAUGAUUAGAAUUUCCACUAGGCGGCACUAAACCAGGCAUCGGUGUGUCAUACUGGGGGUUCCACUACAGUGUAACAUUUUUGGGGGAGCCAGUCGCCGUACUAGGACACCUCUCGGGCACACCACCAAUUUGCUUUUCAAAGAUAGCUGAAAAGUUUUUGCCACUGGUAUCCUUACACUCUACUGGGCGACAAAAAGUCGUUACUAGGCGGCCGCACUAGUGUCGCCUACUUUAUAGCUUGAAAUAUGCUCUGAUUUCAUUACUUGCAUAACAUAGAAUCCGACGUAAAUCCGCCAAAAUGCGCACGCUUUACCCGCUGCGAUUUAACAGUUAUAUAUAGUAUACCAUUAGAAUUUCCAUUGUACGUCAUCAUUUUAUAUGACGUAAUUACUAAGAAAAAAUGUCAAAUCUAGUUAUGAGUAAUUUUUGUAGAUUUAAAUUAUGUCUCAACAUAUGAAUCUAUGAAUGUUUUAGAGAAUUAUGGGCCGAACUUAUUCUAAAAUUAAACUCAAUACAAUGGUUUCAUCUAAACAUUUAUUUAAAUUUCCCCCUUCAGUUCGUACUAUGCUUUUGCGUUGACAGAGCUUUUAUUCGACACCGUAUUUGAUACUUUGACGAUGUUCAUGUGGGAAGACUUAUCUUUUUCUGGUUCUUAUUUCUUCUUUAUCCACGUUUUUACUUUCCAUGGUUUUGAACUUUGCUUUUCAUAUUGUAUUGUCUACAUAUUACAUAUAAAUUCAAUGAUAUUACCUACCAGUUCAUAACGUAUUGGUUCGAUCAAUUAAUCUGUAUUUAUUUUGAAGAUUUUUUUUUAUUUACUCUUAGAAUAUGAGGAAUUCUAUUAAGUGGCAGAGCAAAGCGAUGCAAGCUUUAUAGGGGAAUCGAUGGUGUCCGUCUGUCCGUGAACACGAUAACUUUAAACGCUUGGACCGAUUUGGAUCAAACUUUGCACAGUUGACCUAUAUGCCACAAGUAAUAAGCCUAUUGAAAAUUGGUCAAAUCCACUGACACCGGAAGGUUACACCGAGGUGAUCUGUCGCUUUUUUAAACUCGCUUAUUUGUUUUUGAGAUUAUAGAAUAGAAUUAUUUCCAAAAAUCACUGUUGUAACGGUGAAAUAAAUUUACCAUAUUAUGAGCGAAAUACCAUUAUAAGUUAUAGUUUCUGCAUUUACUAGUGUAGUUUGUUCCUGGUAACGCCGUUGUUCGGUUGAAGCGUUACACACAAGAAAAACAAUCCUUUUUGGCGCAUUUUUUUUUAAAUAGGUAUGAGAGAGUACUAGCAUUUUGUCCGUUCGUCCAUAUGGAGAAGGAAAUCUCAGCACUGGAAAAUCAUAUAGAGGUCGUUAUAGUAUCUCUACGGAAUUAUUUCCAAAUUUGAGCACAUUUAACACACGAUGUCGUCGGCAAAACAACAAAACACCUUGGCUUCAUGCGCACUUUCUCACCUUUGGAGCAAUUUAGUUGAAAAGCAGGAAAGUGUGAUGUCUUAAUGGUUAUGAGCUUUUAAUCUUUCUCAUCAUUAGGAAUAAGGCGCAAAAUGUGUGAACUCUCCGAAACGUUUGAUGGCUGCCAAUCGCUCGACGAGAUCCAGGAUAAACUGGAGGGGAAGGAAAACGUAAACACAAUCGUCGUUACCUCUAAUAACCUCACAUGGUCAGGGUCAGUCUUCCAGAAGGAUUAUCCCGAACUGGACAAAAUUACUAUAAACAACUGCAAUAUCGGAGAGCUUCAAGAUCGUUUCGGUUUUUUUCACAUUCGAAACCUACGUUACCUCGAAAUAACCAACAAUACAAUCACUGGAUUCGGUGACAGUCCAUUUUUUUACCUUUCGUCGUUGUUCAGUCUGAACCUUUCGAAUAACAGCCUAGAGCAGGUGCAAGAUGACGUGUUUAAGGGUUUGGAGCGGUUAGGAAGUCUCGUUCUGAAAAAUAAUUGUAUUAAAACUAUAAGUAGAAACGCAUUUCAAAAUUUGCGGGCACUGUCUAACCUUGAGCUCCCGAACAAUGCAAUCGAAGAACUGGACGAAAAUGUAUUUCAAGAUCUAGUCGCCUUGCGAUGCUUGAUUUUGAAAUUUAACAAAUUGAAAACGUUGGGAUCUCAAAUUUUUGCUCCGUUGAAGGAUUUGGCGCAUUUAGAUGUUUCGCAUAACGAACUCCUCUGUUUGCCUCAGGGAUUACUAAGCGAUCGCGCGAUGGACGGUUAUCUUGUCAACUUUUCGUUCAACAAAAUUGAACAAAUUGAAGAAUCUGCUCUGAGUGGUUUAUUUAUACGAGCGGGAGUACUCGAUUUGGGACACAAUCAUCUUUGCACACUAAAAUCGGGAGUGUUAUCAAAAGUCAUGGCCGAGGUAGUGAUACUAACGGGCAAUAAAAUUGAAAACAUCGAGAAAGGAGCCUUUUCGGGUUGUACUUGCACCGACUUGUACCUAAACGAAAAUCGACUAACGACAGUUACCCCUGACAUUUGGGAAGGUCUGCAAGUCCAUUCAAUAUUGAGCCUUUCUAAAAACGAAAUUUCUAGUUAUGGUGGUGCCUUUGUUAACUGCACUGAUCUUGGUCUUAGACUAGAUUUGGAUCACAAUAAAAUUAAAGAUCUACCCGAUUCAGGUUUCGAAGGACUGACUAGAGUGGUGACACUCUCCCUAAACGAUAAUUUGAUUCAGAAGGUGGAUGAGGCUAGUUUGGUAGGUCUCCCCAAACUGUAUACUUUGGGCCUUCACAACAACCAAAUUGAGGAACUUCACGAAGAGUGCUUCUCUUCGUUGCCAAGAUUGAGUGACUUGUUCUUGGGCGCGAACAAGCUCAACUUCUUAAAGCCCGAACUUCUGAAGCACAAUUCAAGACUGUUUCAAUUGGUAAUGCCGAAUAACAACUUUACAAAUCUACCAUCACCAGAAGUAUUUAGUUGCCCGGAAUCGUUGAUGAUAUUUAACUUCUUUCAAAAUCGAAUAGAAAAAAUUGCAGCGAACAGUUUCUCUGCUGCCAAACGAAGGUUUAUACAGCUGAUCCAGCUAGAGUCAAAUCAAAUUUCUGACAUAGAACCGGGUGCUUUUAACGGAAUUGAGUAUAUCAAAUACUUAGCUUUGAAUUCCAACAACAUCGCCUCUCUUCAUCCAGCCACCUUCCAGGGUUUGGGAUCCAUUCAUAGGAUUGAACUUGACAACAAUUUAACCGGUUACUUGAAGUUAUUGCCACCUACAACACUGGUACUCUUCAACGGAGGCCCUCCAGGCGGAUUUGAAGCUGAAUUGGAAAAACUUGCGUUGAAUAAUGUAGGUACCAUUUCUUUUGCGUCGUGCGCCUAUCAAAGGGAGGGAGAAAAGUGGAACUUCAUUGACCACAACGUUGAGGAUAUGGACGAAAAGUUUGAAUGGGAAGAUGUUUUACUUAUGGAAGAAAAAUAACCAUGCGCCUUAAUCCUUAUAUGUAUAAUUCAAUGUUUUCUAAUUUCUAAUUAUGGCUUGUAAUUAAAGUAUUUAGUGCUUCACAAAGCGC